UUUGUGUUUGAAAUCUGAGAAAAUGCUGGAGCAGCAGAAAGCAGCUCCCAAGAAGGGCGCAAAGAAAACCUUACCGAAACCAGUGGGGAAAAAACGCAAGAAGUCGAGGAAACAGAGUUACUCCAGUUACAUCUACAAAGUGAAGAAGCAGGUUCACCCUGAUACCGGCAUCUCUUCCAAGGCCAUGGACAUUAUGAGCUCGUUCGUCAAUGAUAUUUUUGAGCGCAUCACGGGCGAGGCGUCCCGCCUGGCUUAUCACAACAAACGGUCCACCAUCAGCUCCAGAGAGAUCCAGACCGCCGUGCGCCUGCUUCUGCCCGGUGAGCUGGCUAAACACGCCGUGUCGGAAGGGACAAAGGCGGUGACAAAGUACACCAGCUCCAAAUAAAGAGUAACAGAACACACAAAAAAAACCGAAAACGGUUCUUUUAAGAACCACCCAUAUUUUCGGUAAAGAUUUACUAAUUCGACAAUUAAUCUUGGCACAGACUUUCCUUUUCUCCUCGACUUUCAUCAUGAAUGGAGAAACGGUCUUCAUUUUGUACAAUGGCUGCACUAAACCCAGAGGUUCCCAAUGAGGGGGGAAGUGAGUGGGGAGAUGGUGAUCAGAGACGCGGCUGAGUGGCGUUAGGAGCAACGGAUUGGGCAGCUCCACUGCGGUUAUAGGAGCGGCCAAACGUCCUCUGUCCGGCUUUAGUUUUUGUAAACCGUGGUCCUGCUCAGAGCUGCCACUUCCAUCAGUCUGGGAGUGAAGAUGGCCGAGACCGUUCCCGUCAAGACGAAUGUCCACGCCCCUG